GUGGGGGCUUGCCGUAUGAGCUGUUUUGUACCGGUAUCGGGGCUGGGUCAAUACAGAGGGUAGACCUGCAUUGAGGAAAAGGGCAAACGCGAAGAGAUUUUAUACAAAGAAGAAACAAAUUACCCUCUUAAUUACCAGGAGAGUGGGGGUUGCAUUGUAGUGGCUGUGCUGAUAGGGGACUGUCACCGCGGUGGAUCAUGAACAUUAAUGCAUCAUUGACUAGUUUCCUUCACACAGAAUAACCCUCUACAAAGCUGGGAGCGGGCUGGAGGAUUGUGGGAAGCGGUUCUCCAAACUCUGGCUCUGUUGCUGGGAUGCAGGAUGGCGGCGUUCGGUUUCUUGAGCUACGAGCAGAGACCGCUCAAACGGCCCAGGCUCGGACCUCCUGAUGUCUACCCGCAGGACCCCAAGCAGAAAGAGGAUGAGUUGACUGCAGUGAAUGUAAAGCAGGGGUUCAACAAUCAGCCUGCCUUCUCUGGGGAUGAACAUGGCUCAGCCCGGAACAUCGUCAUCAACCCAGCAAAGAUCGGUGCCUAUUUCAGCAGCAUCUUGGCGGAGAAGCUCAAGCUCAACACCUUUCAAGACACAGGGAAGAAGAAACCUCAGGUGAAUGCCAAAGAUAACUACUGGCUGGUGACUGCCCGCUCUCAGAGUGCAAUCCACAACUGGUUCAUUGAUCUUGCAGGGAACAAACCUCUGACAGUUUUAGCCAAAAAGGUCCCGAUCCUUAGCAAGAAGGAAGAAAUCUUUGCUUAUUUGGCCAAGUAUUCUGUGCCAUUGUUGAGGGGUGCGUGGCUCAUAAAGAUGACCUGUGCUUAUUACGCCGCGGUUUCCGAAGCCAAGAUUAAGAAGAGACAAGCCACGGAUCCCAACCUUGAAUGGACACAGAUUUUGACAAGGUACCUCCGCGAGCAGCUGUCCAAAAUUGCUGAAUAUUAUCAUGGUCCUGUUGGUCAAGGUCCUCCACCCACAGCAGCAAUGCCUCCUGAGGUAGAGCAAGCAAUAAAACAGUGGGAGUACAAUGAGAAACUGGCAUUUUACACCUUCCAGGAUGGGAUGUUGGAAAGACAUGAGUACUUGACAUGGAUCCUGGAGGUUUUGGAGAAAGUCAGACCGGCAGAUGACGAGCUCCUUAAGCUGCUGCUGCCUCUUAUGCUGCAGUAUUCCGAAGAGUUUGUCCAAUCAGCCUACUUGUCCCGUCGCCUCGCUUAUUUCUGUGCCAGGAGGCUUUCUGCACUGCUGAGUGAGAGCUCUUCAAACCUUGUUCCUGCACAUUCACCUCAUAUGAUCAUUGGACCAAAUAACCCUGCACUGGCAGCCCCUAGUCCUGCUGCUCCCACUGCCGUCAUGAGCCCGGUGCAGUCAGCCCUCUCCGAUUUUCAUUCGUGUCCACAGCAUCGUCCUUUAGUUUACGGUCUCAGUUGCAUGUUGCAGACAAUAACUUUAUGUUGCCCCAGUGCCUUGGUGUGGAAUUAUUCCACAAAUGAAAGUAAAAGCAGCAAUCCUGGCUCACCGCUUGACCUUCUCCAAGUGGCCCCAUCGUGUUUACCUAUGCCAGGAGGGAGUUCCACCUUCAAUCAACAGGUCCGAGCCAAAAUUUAUGAAGUGGAGCAGCAGAUCAAGCAACGAGGACGAGCCGUGGAAGUCCGGUGGUCCUUUGACAAAUGUCAGGAGUCCACUGCAGGUUUUACAAUCAGUAAGGUCUUGCAUACGUUGGAAGUACUGGAUCGUCAUUGCUUUGACAGAUCUGACUCCAGUAACUCCCUGGAUAGCCUUGAUCACAAGAUAUUCGGUUCCAGUCAGGGCAAGGAGAGCCAAGAGCAAAUAGCACCAAAUGAUGAGGCAGUCGUGACAUUAUUAUGUGAGUGGGCCGUGAGCUGUAAGCGAUGUGGGAAGCACAGAGCUAUGACAGUAGCAAAACUCCUGGAGAAGAGACAGGCUGAGAUCGAAGCAGAGCGAUGUGGGGAGUCUGAAGUCUUGGACGAGAAGGAGUCUAUUUCUUCUGUGUCACUUACUGGCUCAAGCCUUCCUGUUUUCCAGAACAUUUUGCUUCGGUUCCUCGAUACCCAAGCUCCUGUAUUAACUGACCUCAAUAAUGAAAACGAGAAGGCAGAAUUUAUAAAUCUAGUGCUGCUGUUCUGCGAGUUCAUUCGCCAUGAUGUCUUCUCGCACGAUGCGUACAUGUGCACACUUAUAUCCCGUGGAGACCUCACCUCCGUCACUGCUGCAGCGAGACCACGAUCACCUACUGCAGACAACUCGGAGGAACACUACGCAAAGGAGCACGACAGCGGCCACCUGGGUGUUAAACUGGAGGAUCAAGGGCUUGGUGAGCACAUGGACAUAGACACGGGAGCCACAAAUCUAUUUGAUGAAGUGGACACGAAUGACUUCAAAGCAGAUUUUGGACCUGAGUUUGCAAUUUUCUCUCCAAUGGCUGGGGACUCUUUGACCUCUGAGCACAAUGCAAAUCUUUCUUUGGAACAAAGUGCCACAAAAGAUGAAAAGCCAAUUAGGAAAGAGAAGCAGAAAGAGUUAAUCUUCCCAUGCACUUAUGAGCACCCUCGACACCUGCAAUAUGCCACCCACUUCCCCAUCCCCCAGGAUGAAACCUCAAGUCACGAGUGUAAUCAGCGAAUGAUUCUUCUUUACGGUGUUGGGAAGCAGAGAGAUGAAGCCCGACACCAGCUGAAGAAGAUUACCAAAGAUAUCCUGAAAAUCCUGAACAAGAAAAGUACAGCGGAAACCGCUGGUGAUGAAGGACAGAAAUCAAAGAGGAUUAAACAGGAAACCCCACUAACCCUAGAGACUAUUUUUGCUAAGCUUCAACAACUAUCCUAUUUUGACCAGCAUCAGGUGACGUCUCAGAUUUCCAGUAACGUCCUGGAACAAAUCACAAGCUUUGCCUCAGGAACUUCAUACCAUCUGCCUUUGGCCCAUCACAUCCAGCUUAUUUUUGAUAUGAUGGAGUGUGCCCUUAACAUCAACGGUCUUAUAGACUUUGCUAUCCAGUUGCUGAAUGAAUUAAGUGUGGUGGAAGCGGAGCUGUUGCUGAAGUCUUCAAGCCUGGCUGGGAGCUACACCACAGGGCUGUGUCUGUGCAUUGUGGCUGUGCUACGUCGCUAUCAUUCCUGCCUCGUGCUCAAUCCUGACCAGACGGCACAAGUGUUUGAAGGACUCUGUGGGGUAGUCAAGCACGUUGUCAAUCCUUCAGAAUGCUCCUCUCCUGAAAGGUGCAUCCUGGCCUACCUGUAUGAUCUUUAUGUAUCUUGCAGUCACCUAAGAAGCAAGUUUGGUGAUCUUUUCAGUAGCGCCUGUUCAAAGGUUAAGCAGACCAUUUACAGCAAUGUGCAGCCCUCCAACUCCAAUCUACUCUGGGACCCCGACUUCAUGUUGGAUUUCAUUGAGAACCCAUCUGCCCACAAUGUCAACUACUCAAUGCUGGGGAAGAUCCUCAACGACAACGCAGCCAACCGCUACAGCUUUGUGUGCAACGCACUCAUGAACGUAUGCAUGGGACAUCAGGACACAGAUAGAAUUAAUGACAUAGCUAAUCUUUGUGCAGAGCUGACAGCAUGCUGCACUGUACUCAGCUCUGAAUGGCUUGGUGUUCUAAAGGCUCUUUGCUGCUCAUCAAACCAUGUCUGGGGAUUCAAUGAUCUUCUCUGCAGCGUCGAUGUCAGCGACCUAUCAUUCCACGAUUCCUUGGCUACGUUCAUUGCCAUUCUAAUCGCUCGCCAGUGUUUCUCAUUGGAGGAUGUGGUGCAACAUGUGGCACUUCCCUCGCUUCUGGCGGCUGCAUGCGGUGAUCCGGAUGCUGAACCAGGCGCCAGGAUGACAUGCAGACUUUUGCUGCAUUUGUUUAGAACGCCACAAGUGAGCCCUUUUCCUCAGGCUAAUGGUAAAUCCGCUCCUGGAAUCCGCUCAUCCUGUGACCGGCACCUCUUAGCCGCAGCACACAACAGUAUAGAAGUGGGGGCCGUGUUUGCUGUUCUGAAAGCAAUCCUGAUGUUGGGGGACGCUGAAUUAGGCAGUAAUAAUGCCAACUCUUCCAACACUGAUGACUUCGGUGUGACCAGCCUUCUGGCUCCCAUCAGUAUCCACGAUGAUAUCACCGACGAUGAGAUUCUGAGUUCUGCCAAAAACUCCAAAUCAAUCAGGCGCACCGUUUCCAUAGAAACGGCCAACCUGAGUGAGUACGCCAGGUUUGUGCUCAGGACCAUCUGUCAACAGGAAUGGGUGGGAGAACAUUGCUUGAAGGAGCCGGAGAGACUGUGCACGGAUAAGGAUCUAAUAUUAGACCCAGUUCUCUCCAACAAACAAGCACGGCAACUUCUACAGCUUAUCUGUUAUCCACAUGGCCUUAAGGAAUGUGUGGAAGGAGACAAUCCUCAGCGGCAGCACAUCAAGCACAUUCUCCAGAGCUUGGACCAGUGGAUCCUGAGACAAUCAUGGUUGGAGCUGCAGUUGAUGAUCAAACAAUGCAUGAAAGAGCCUGGUCCAGCUUCGGUUGCUGAAAUGAACUCAUUGUUGGAAAAUAUCGCCAAGGCCACUAUUGAGGUCUUCCAGCAGUCAGCUGAGCUGAACUGUGGUGUUGCUUCUGCUGGAGUUGAGCUGUUCAAUGAGGCCAACAACGGAAACAAUAACCCAAGGCAGAAUGGCAAAAAGACAUUUCUAAGCUGCUCAGAAAGAAAAGGAGUUUGGCUUGUCGCCCCGCUGAUUGCGAAACUGCCCACAUCCGUUCAGGGUCGAGUGCUAAAGGCAGCUGGAGAAGAGCUCGAGAUGGGUCAACACUUGGGGUCGUCGUCUAAAAAGGAAAGAGAUAGACAGAAGCAGAAAAGCAUGUCAUUGUUGAGCCAACAGCCAUUUCUGUCCUUGGUCCUCACCUGCUUAAAGGGACAGGAUGAGCAACGGGAAGGCUUGCUGACCUCCUUGCAAAAUCAGAUCAACCAGAUUUUGAGUAACUGGAGGGAAGAACGCUACCAGGAUGAUAUGAAAGCCCAACAAAUGAUGCAUGAAGCUCUGCAGCUGCGCCUGAAUCUGGUUGGUGGAAUGUUUGACACUGUCCAGCGAAGUACCCAGUGGACCACAGAUUGGGCUCUUUUGCUACUUCAGAUAAUUACCUCAGGAACCGUUGAUGUGCAGACAAAUGUUGAGCUCUUCACCACUGUGCUAGACAUGCUGGGUGUGUUGAUAAAUGGGACCUUGGCAUCAGAUCUGUCAAGUGCCUCCCAAGGAGGAUCAGAGGAAAACAAGCGAGCCUACAUGAACUUAGUGAAGAAAUUAAAAAAAGAACUAGGCGACAAACAUUCAGAAAGCAUCGACAAGGUGCGCCAGCUGCUGCCAUUGCCAAAGCAAACCUGUGACGUGAUUACCUGCGAGCCAAUGGGAUCUUUGAUCGACACAAAAGGCAACAAAAUUGCAGGAUUUGAUUCCAUUGAUAAAAAACAGGGUCUCCAAGUGUCAACAAAGCAGAAGGUCAACCCAUGGGAUUUAUUUGAGGGUCACAAGAAUCCGGCUCCACUUUCCUGGGCUUGGUUUGGCACCGUGCGCGUUGAUCGGAAAGUUAUCAAGUACGAAGAUCAACAUCACCUUCUCUUGUAUCACACGCAUCCCAAGCCAAAACCACGAAGUUACUACCUGGAGCCUUUACCACUCCCGCCAGAGGAUGAAGAGGAGCCCCCAACUCCAGUCUCGCUGGAUUCAGAGAAGAAGCCAAUUGAAGUCGCUGAUCAGAACAAAAGCGCUCAGGAGGAAGAGAAAAAAAAGAACAGGAAAAGGAAGCCAAAAUCUUCAGCAUCAAGAAUAGAUGACUAUCAACAAAACAAUGCAUACCGAGUGCCUCCAAAUUAUACGCCAAUGUCUUCACAGUUGAUGCACCAUCCCCAAGCAGCACCUUCGUGGGGUUACAACCUUGUGGGCCAGCUGCAGCAGUCUGGGUUCUACUUUCAGAACCAGCCACUUCCACCAGGAGGACCCAGGUUGGACCCGCCAGGUCAGUUCACCCCCACGAGCACCAAGCAGGCCCUCACCAACAUGCUGCAGCGUCGCUCAGGAUCCAUGAUGCAGCCUCCCUCCAUGCCCAGCAUCUCUCCCCAGCAGCAGCUGCUACAGAUGAAACUCCUGCAGCAACAGCAGCGACUGCUCCGGCAGCAGGCACAGUCCAGGAACUUCCAACAGGGCCAAACAGUUGACCAAAGUGGAUCUUACGCUCAGCAGAUUCGAUCUGUCCAGCUCCCGCAGUAUCCUGGCAUACAGCAGGCACAGGUCCUGCCCCAUGGAUACACGGCAUACAGUACUCCGAUGGCUCUGCAGCAGCAGACUGGUAGUAGCAUGUUGUCGCCCAACUGCAGUGCCAGGCCAUACCAGGCUGCCCACGCUAACCCGGCCCUCAUGGACCGCAUCAGGCAAAUACAGCAGCAGCCUAGUGGCUAUAUUCACCAGCAGGCCUCCCCCUACCCAUCGAAUCUUCAGGGUACUCAGCGGCUCACCCAUCAACCACUGCAACAGAGCACUUUGAUGGCAGCUGGACUUGAGCAUGUGACAUCAGGCCCCCAUGCAAACCUUGGUACAGUGCAACUCUCGCAAGAACAGAUGAGACAAAGGCAGCAACAACUACGACAGCAGCGGCUCCUGCAGAUGCAGCAACAACAACAGAGUCAGCAGGCACUAGGGAUACAAGCAGUGCAGACGCAGCAAGCACUGUUUUCGAGACAGGGUAUGCAACAGACCCAGCAGCAGCAACAGACAGCAGCAUUGGUUAGACAGCUGCAGAAGCAACUCUCCAGUAAUCAGCCACAGCAGCCAUCGAACCCAUACAGCCACCCUCCCCAUUACUGAAAUCUUGGAAAGAAGCACAGAGUUUGGAAAACACUGGAGAUUAGCGCACACGACCAACCCUCCGACAGGGCGCUGGCGGGUUGGUAGAGAGGGCGGCACCAUUGAUUGUUAUUCGUAAUUUUCUUUUCUUUUAUCAUUUUUACUUCUGUUUUCUUUAAAUAUUAUUUUGACAAUUACCCCUGUGACGUAGCCGCUGUGAAUAAAUAAUGUAAAGUGAGAGUAGAUUAUUUUAUUUAAAAGGAAAUUGAAGUUUUACAAUGCAAAGUGUUUCUUGGAUCUUGUAGGUCCUGUAGAAAGCUGCUGUUUUUUUUUGCUAAAAGUCAAUUUUGGUGCUUUUAGCAGAUCUACGUUAAGAGAAAAGAUCUAGAUAUAAAUGGAAUUUAUUUAUUUGCUAGCAAAGACUCCCUUCUGAUGCACUGGACCAAAAUAAUGGUUUAUAUGAAUGAAUUUGACUGUAACGAGGUAAGUGUAUCUGCAGAAUUAUGGCCACAGAUGACUUGGUCUUAUCAGUGGCUUGAGCCUCUUAAGGACAUGGCAAAACUGUUUAUUUAAACUGUUAAUUUUGCCUAGAUUUGUAAUUUUACACAAGCACUUUUUAAGAGGAAGAAAGAAGUUUGUUAAGAUAAUAAAGCUAUUUUUCCCCCAGAGUAAUAAUAUUAUUGUACAGCAUCUCUGAACAGCUCUGUUGUGUGUGGUUGAGUUUGGUAUUUACAUGUCACGUUCUGGUCAAGAGGAUACAAUGAAGGAUAAAGAUACUGGUUGCAAGUUGAAGUCUAAUAAACCAACAACUAA